GUUUAAUUAAUUUUGGAAAAGAAAAUAAGGGAAAACAAAAUACACGUUUGGCGUUCUUAUUGAUUGCCACCCAAAACAUUUUCAACUUUCUCGCAUUCCUCCGCCCGCCCUUUCCUCCUCCUCCUCUCUUACUACCGCUCCCCGAACACCUAAAAUCACUUCACCUGCUACCCUAUAACUAUGCGCAUUUCACAUUUUCUGUGAAAUAGUAUUUGUUACUUGGACAGAUCCAAUAAAGAUGACCAGCAAAGAGACCUGCAGACACGAACUCCGGUCUGCAAUCCGUCAGCUCAGUGACCGCUGCCUCUAUUCCGCUUCCAGAUGGGCCGCGGAGCAGUUGGUGGGAAUAGAGCAAGACCCAGAAAAGCAUAAGCCCUCACAUACGAGGUUCCAGCGUGGAAGCUCCAGUAUUCGCCGGCGGUUUAGGACUGAUGGUUCCGUGGAGGCUGCAGCCCCCGGUUUCUGUUCAACUCCCAUUGCUGGGGUGUCGUUUGUGUCUACGCCAUCGCUCAAGGAGGAGGACAAUGACGCGUUGGAGAGCGAUUUUUAUUUAUUAGCCAAGUCUUAUUUCGAUUGCAAGGAGUACAGAAGGUCGGCUCACAUUCUCCGGGACCAGACGAGCAAACAAGCUGUGUUCUUGCGAUGUUACGCCCUUUAUUUGGCUGGUGAGAAGAGAAAGGCAGAGGAGAUGGUGGAACUUGAAGGACCAUUAGGCAAAGGUGAUGCUGUAAAUAAAGAACUUAUUUCUCUUGAGAGGGAGUUGUCAUUACUGCGCAAAAAUGGAACAAUUGAUGCCUUUUGCCUUUAUCUGUAUGGUCUUGUUCUUAAGGAGAAAGGAAAUAAGAGUGAUGCUCGAAUGGUUCUUGUGGAGUCUGUAAAUAACUACCCCUGGAACUGGAGUGCUUGGUCUGAGCUUCAGACUUUGUGCACCACUGUUGAGAUAUUGGAUGGUCUUCAUCUUGUGAACCACUGGAUGAAAGACUUUUUUCUUGCCAGUGCUUAUCAAGAACUUCGGAUGCAUAAUGAGUCCUUGGGAAAGUAUGAGCAUUUACAACUAACCUUCAGCUUUAGCAAUUACAUACAAGCUCAAAUUGCUAAAGUUCAGUAUAGUUUGAGGGAAUUUGAACAGGUGGAAGUUAUUUUUGAGGAACUUCUUAGGAAUGACCCUUACCGAGUUGAAGACAUGGAUAUGUAUUCAAAUGUGCUUUAUGCGAAGGAAUGCUUAUCAGCUUUAAGUUACCUUGCACACAGAGUAUUUUCAACCGAUAAAUAUAGGCCUGAAUCCUGUUGUAUAAUAGGAAACUAUUACAGUCUGAAAGGCCAGCAUGAGAAGUCUGUCAUGUAUUUCAGAAGGGCCCUCAAGUUGAAUAGUAAUUAUUUAUCCGCUUGGACACUGAUGGGUCAUGAGUAUGUUGAGAUGAAAAAUACCCCAGCAGCUGUUGAUGCGUAUCGACGAGCUGUUGAUAUUGAUCCAUGUGAUUAUCGAGCCUGGUAUGGUUUAGGGCAAGCAUAUGAGAUGAUGGGAAUGCCAUUUUAUGCCCUUCAUUACUUCAAAAAGUCUGUGUUCUUGCAGCCAAGUGAUUCUCGGUUGUGGAUUGCCAUGGCUGGGUGUUACAAGUCAGAAGAGCUUAACAUGCUUGAGGAGGCUAUCAAGUGUUUCAAAAGGGCUGAGAGUUGUAAUGACAAUGAAGCAAUUGCGCUUAAUCAGCUCGCGAAGUUGCACAAAGAUCUUGGUCGUUUUGAAGAGGCUGCAUUUUACUACAAGAAAGAUUUGGAUAGGAUGGAAGCCGAAGAGAGGGAAGGGCCGAACAUGGUUGAAGCUCUGUCCUUUCUUGGAAGAUAUUGCAAAGAACAAAAGAGAUUUGAAGAAGCAGAGAUAUAUUGCAAUCGUCUCCUUGAUUAUACCGGCCCUGUAAGUUGAAACCUUGUUUUUCUCAUUGAUUAGUUUUUGCCCUAAUUUCUUAUUAAUCGGUAAUAGCUGCAACUGAAACCUCUCUCACCAUGAUGCAGGAAAAAGAAGAAGCAAAAAGUAUACUUCGAGGAAUCAGAUCUGCAAAAGAUGUUGAGCUCUUUCCCCCUUGACUGUCCUUCAUACAAUAGUAACAUCGGUUUCAGCAGUUAUGCUCCUUUAUUGUUCACCAUUGCUGACCACGUGAAAUAGAUUUGAAGAGUUCAUGAAGAGGCAGCAACCUUUCAGGUUGCAGAAGAACUUGGCAUAUGUUGUGAUUUGUGAAAACUGUUUGAAGUUAGAAUAGAAGAAUUCCUUAUUGUGAACACUAUAAUUUUGAUAAAUCUUAUUUCAGUUAAAAACCAUGGACUUUCUUCUUAUUGUGACUCUUAUGUUCAUAAUCUUCAAUAGAAUUAGAUUAUACUCCCUCUGUCCCAU